GUGAUAUUAUAAGUAAAAUCAACAUCGUGGGUACCCGAUUGUGCUAAUUGAAACGAUUCAUCCGUUAAAAUUGUUUCCGAGCCAAUCGCACAGUUUAUCAACAAGUGUAUAACAAAAAUUAAGAAUUUUUAACGACCGUUUCUCGAUAAAAAUAUCAAGUCAGUGUAAGAGACCACCUUUACGUGAAUCCAAAUAGUGUGCCUCGUUCGUAAAAUCUCAUGGUUCUGAAAACUCAGAAUCGUGUCAACAACCACAGUGAAGGAAUUUAUCAGAUAUGUGCCAUUGGAUGUGAACCUCUUAAUUCAUUUCUGGAAAAUCGCGUGUGCUACCGUGAAUGCAUAACACUUCGUCUCGUGGAAAAACCUGAAAAACAGGAAUUUAUCUAAGUCAGGCUCUGAUAUUUUUCAGAGGUUUGAAAAAAAAUCUGAUUUUUAAGCACACCUCCGGGCGUGCACAAAUCUCUACAAUAACAUUUUGAAAUGAUGCCUCUGUUAGUGUGAUCACGUGCGGCGAUGGAGUCGCGUGUACGACACGUGUCACCAAUCAUAGCUACGGGCCGGACACGUGUGGCGGAAGUGUGUAAGGCCACUUAACAAAGUGUUAAGUGUUAAUCUCGUGUUUAUUCACGAUUGCCAGCCCUUUGGAUGCCCUUUCGCGACUGCACCAUGAAUUCUGAGAAAGUAAAUAUGUUUUGAGCUACCGAAGGAUCUUGCACUUGUUUUAAAACGUGAUGAAAUUAUAAAUUUUUAGCUCGCGUAUUCGCAUUUUGAAGUAUAAUUUCUCAUCCAUGCAAAUGAAGUGUCCGAGAUAAAUCUCCAAAUUUACUUCAAAACCCCUCGAUGUAAAUAAAAGAGAAGUACGAGGCAGAAAAAACAUUCGUACGAAGACCAGAAAAACAAUUGCUUGUGACGAACAUCUGACAUAUAGAUUACACAGAUUUGACCCGUAUCAAUUUUCCCGGUCAGCCAAAUUAAAUUUGCGGAGUCACAAUUAUUUCUCGCUCAGCCAUUUUUGGCCUUGAAAAUGUAAAGAAUACAGGAGCAUAUUCGAAGUUGACACCACCCGACAAGAAUGUCGGAUGAAACCGAUUUGAUUGAGACAAGGUGACAAAAAUCCUCUUACAGACCUCUUCGAUCAGAUCUAAGCUGAGCAUCUCAUCCAAGUUAGAUUCAAUUUUAGGAUCGAUUCGAGGAAUAAAAUUGGUGAGUCCUCGAUUGCGAACUUGGAGAAGUAACUUGCGGUUUACUCCUUCGGUGAUUUUCUCUUCUUGGGAGUGAUCCCUUUCGUCGAAUGGUAGCAGGACUAGCGGAGAUGUACUCCUCCAACUGCGUGGACACGAUGGACGGGGACACACGACACCUUUUAUACGAGUCGCACAGCUUCAUCGGGAGCGGUAGCAGCUGCAGCAGCAUGGACUUGCUCCUCUACGACGAGGAUUCGAACCAGUCGGACUGCUCGACUACCUACUCUUGCGCCAGCGACCAGGACUUUGCAGCAGGGGCGGGUCGGAUGCGGCGUCGCCGGGGGAAGUGUCCCCAGCAGCAGAUGCAGCAGCGGCAGGCGGCGAACCUGCGGGAGCGGCGGCGGAUGCAGAGCAUAAACGACGCCUUCGAGGGGCUCCGCGCCCACAUCCCGACGCUCCCGUACGAGAAGCGCCUCUCCAAGGUGGACACCCUCAAGCUGGCCAUCGGCUACAUCAACUUCCUCACCGAGCUCGUCCGCUCCGACCGGGGCGCCGCCUCCGCCGAGGGCGUCCGCCUCCAGCCCGGCUCCAAGCUCCACCGACAGCCCACCAAGGAGGAGCCGAAGAAAAUUAUCAUCAGAGGUGCGUAUGGAUCCCCUUACGCAGCCCACUCUCUCUCAUGGUCGAGCAACAAGGAGAAUGGCUGCAAUGGUGUCAUGUUUGCCAAGGUUUGGACUCCCGAGAUACCUCCGCCAAACACCAAGAGCCCCGACUCAAACUCUAACUCCUUCUCGUGAAAGCACAAGGGAUGUGACUUUGAAUCGGUGGAUUAAGACCGACGUCACAGGCAGAACGUAGUCUAUUCCGAUGGUCGAAAAAGGAAGUGAUCGAUAUGCAUCAUGUUUGUCCGGAGCAUAACCCUAGUCUGCCUGAGCCUCUGAACCAACGAGAAAGCCUGAGCGGGGUC